UUUUGGCCGAAUGGAACGAUACCUUUUUACAUAAAUCCAGACCAUUUUGAUAACGAACAAACCAAUUUAAUUAUGACGACGCUGUCGUCUUUCGCAUUCAAAACCUGCCUCGAAUUCCACCCGAUUUUGGGAGAACCGCAGCAGAAUUUACACAUAAUGGUCUUCGAAAACCCGAGAGGUAUUAGGAAGUGUACCAUUGAUAUGGAGGGUCACGCCAAGGAGGAACCUCAUCGCAUAAUUCUCGGUUAUGAUUGCCUUCAUUCGCCUCAAAUCGAUAUGCUCGUGAUGAAGGCGUUGGGGUUUCCGUUCGAGCACAACCGAGCGAGCCGCGAUGUCUUCAUCGAUGUCCAAUUUGAAAACAUCGAACCAGGUUCAAUUCCCUUCUUCACGAAAGAAAGGAAACUACCCCCCGAACUAAGGGUGAUGCCCUACGACAUCAACAGUGUGAUGCACUUUGGAGAGCGGGAGUUCAGCAAGAAUGGUCAUAGAACUAUCAUAUUAAAGAACUACAAUGCGAAACAAAAUCGAAUCGGAUUAACGAAGAACGAUUUGCGAAAGAUUGAAAUAAUAUAUGGUCCAGAAUGCCAGAAAAGGGAUCGCCAAGCCAAAAUCGAUAUAUGCAAAAGUUACCCGAGCUCUAGGAGGAAACGACAAGUCGACGUUGAAAUCGUCCGAAGCUUACGAGUGAACCCAAACAUAACACCUCCCCCUGACAAAAACCUAACUGACGAACUAACGAACGAUCUAGAAGAUCUAGGAAUCGAGAAUGAAGCGCAAGAUUUGCUCGAACAAGUCCAUAGAAUAACAGCGAAAGCUUUAGAAAAUGCUAGAAAAAAGCGCUGUAAUGACACUGACCUUAAAAUUGAAAGCAAUACAAUACCACACGAUGUUGCCAGUAUAAUGGAAGCCACAGUCCUUUAUGUCAAAGAAGUUGUUAAUAAAGCGCUAAGAAAUUCAAAAGCCUUCUGCAAUAAUACUAACUCGAUAGAAUUAUUUCAAAGAGCAAGAUGCGGUUCUCCAUAUAGAUGUCCGGUUAGCUAUAAAUCAACGAAAUCGGGUCGUGUUGAGUAUUCAACGCAACACAGACCAUUCAUUCGUCAGUCGACAAAGCACUACGGUAAAGACGGAAGGCCCCAAUUUGUGAAAUGGUUACGGACGAGCAAUAUUACCGAAAAUAAACGAAGGAGGAAGAGAGAUUUGACAGAAUUAGACCAAUCAGAUUUGAAAACUGUAGCUGCAAAUGUCACUGGAGAUUUGACGUUUGACACAACGAUUUCCGUUCAGAAAGUUUUGAAUUUCGCACCAGUUAGGAGAUUUCGAGAGCGUGGUUCGAGAACAUUCGGUAGUAAAGAGAAAUAUAAGGAAGAUUACAAUUCAAAUAUAUCUUCUGACAACACGAAGAAGAGGUCAAAACAUAAACGUGUAACAAAGAAGGAUUUAAACAUAGAACUGUUAUCUGAUAAACAUACGGGUAAGAGAAAAGAGAAGUACCCAGAGAGUGAGAGUCAAAGUCAUUCAGAAGCAGAAGAAGAAAGGCCUAAAGUAAAAAAAAAUAAGAAAAGAAAAGGAUCAUUAAAUAGCGGGGAAAUACCAGAAACUGUUAAACUUUCGAAGGCGAACAGAGAAUUUUACGACGAACGAAUGUGGCCCGACAAAAUCGUUAGAUUUGUUAUUAGAGACGAUUCUAAAUAUAACAUACAAAAAGUACGCGAGCGCCUGGAGGAAGUCAAUUCCAUACUGAAGAAGAAAACCUGCGUUCGUCUCCAAGAGAUCACGGAGAGAGAAGGACGGAAACAUCAUGACUAUCUCAUCCUUGACACAAGUCCGGACUACGUCACGGGGAGAGUGGGCGGAAAACAGAAUUUCGGUUGCAUCGAGCUGUUCGAAGGCGGGCAACACCGCCAGCACGCCGCCAUGAUGGCGAUGGCGAUGUUGGGUUUCUAUUUCGAAAUAUCCCGACACGACCGUGACAAGUACAUCAGGGUGCAUUUGAGACACAUUCGGGCAGAUAAGCUACACCAUUUUGAAAAGAUACGUUCGGACGCGACUCUUCCUUUAGCUUACGACUACAAAAGCGCGACUCAUCCCGCUUGGCAGUUUUGGAGGAAAGUCGGAAAGAAGGGGAUAUCUUCGGUCGCUACUUACAAAGAUCAGGAUCCAGAUGGUUCCAUAAUGAGGUCUUUAGGUCAAAACGAACAGCUCCUAUCUGAUACGGACAUUAUUAAGAUAAACAGUGUGUACGGCGUGCAGUGCUUUGAAAAAAGAAAUAAAAACGAAUAA